CCGAGUUAAAUUCUUUCAUCACAACCAGCUCGGCUGCUAGAGAGUGUCACACGCUGCCAAACAUUAACAAGAAUUAUUUUUUAAUUCUGGAUACUUUUCCGUUUAGAAUGGAUCGCUUACUAUUGCUCCCAGUAUACUUCAUUUUAGCCAUGGAUUGUUUCUUUGCAGUAAGUUAUGCUCUUCUUAAUCGCCCAGACACAGAUCCAGAAUUGGACUUAGAACCCAUUACAAGGUAUCGAAGGCCAGAAACUACUACACAAAGGAUUUCAUCUGGACACGUACAUGAUUUCACAUUACCCUUACCGAAACAUCUCAACACUGAUUCGCUUUUUGAUGAAGAGUUUGACUACUAUGAUGAACAUGAAGGCAUGAAUCACAUAGAGCAUGAAAUGACUACCAUUUUACUUAGGGCAGAUGUAUCAACAGAAUUACCUACAAUGACAGAAUCAACAGUACUAGCUUUCAAGGAGGAAUAUCCUGAAAAGAAUCAAGUGGACAAAAUUGUGAAUUCUUCUUGCAGAAUUUUCUUACCAUGGUGGAAAGUUAUAUUAAUUACUUUAACAAAUACUCUGUUUGUGCUUUUUUAAGAUUUCCUGCUCAGCACAUCAAUUAUGAAAGGCAGCCCAUGUUUAAGAACUACUUUUGUAAAGUAAUUUUUUUGAACUGAAUGGAAUUUGUGUUGUUCGAAACUUAUUUGUAUACGGAUUUAAUUUUUGCAAUUAUGUAUGUAAUUUUUGUUCUGUAAGUUAAAAAUCAUUAAUUGUAUAGAACUGUAUAGAAUUAAUUUACGUUAAGUCUUUUUCCUCAUUUUUUACUUGUAGACUUGAAUGAAUUUUAACAUAUGAUAUUUAUCAUUAAAGAUCAAAGACCAUAGGAUAAAGAUCCUGCAAUCUUUAAAAAUGUCUUAUCCUGUAGACCGGAAAUGUAGCGCAUUAAGUGAAUUUGGAACAAUGCACGCAGAAAUUGUAGCACAUUACUUGUAAUUACAAUUCUUAUUAACUCAUAAUAUGACUUCAGCUCAACUUCGAGACGCAUUAACCGGAUUCUAUCUAAAAAAAUAAGUAUAUUGCGGAACGAUAUAAAAAUUACUGUCGUAAACCAUCAGCAUAAAACAUAAUUAUCUACAGAAAAUACAAAAGAAAUGUCACGGGAUAACAGUAAGAGCAAAUGAUAUUAGGAUUUGUUUAAGUAUCCGCAGCAGUUAUUAGUUUAGCUGUGCAUAAAGUCAACUACAUAAAUAUUGUUAAAUUAUCAAUUAAAAAUAAACUAAUCAGUCGUAAAAAUAAAUUAAGUAUGCAGCCAUUAACUUCUUGUUUCGUGCUGAAUCCUAAAGAAAAGAUCUAAAGAAUAACGCAUUGACUAAAGCUCUCAUCUUUUGGUUGAAGAACGUGCAUUCUGUAUUCAAUCCCUGCUUAAUUAACAUAUCCAAUAAAAUUAAAGUAUUUGCAUAUGCAGGUAAAUUGUUAAUCAUAUUUUACUAUUAAUUAUAAUAAAAGUUCUUUCUUAUACUUUUUUUAUUAACUGCUGUCGGAUUAACUGUGGUUGUGGGUUAACAGUAAGUAGUCUUUGUCUGCAUUAUUAUUCUGGAGUUGGAAAACCUUUGCUGUAGAGUAGUUGGCUUUACAGCCAAGGUUUUUCUAACUUUACUCAUUCAAGAAACUGUAAAACUCUAACGUUUAGAAUUCCUAGAAUUAUAAUUUUUAACAUACCGCUAAAACGCUUAAUUUUCUUUUUUUGAAAUCCAUAAACUGUAAGUUUUCUUUCGUGGAACCUUUCAAACAAUAGUUUACUUCUUUUAUCUAUAAAACUGUAAUCAUCUUUAUUUGGAAUCACUAAAAUUAUAAUUUUGGCAGAACAUUUAAAAUUAUAAUUUGUUUUGAACCCAUAAAUUACAAUUUUCUAUUGCAAACCAUUAAAAGAUUGAUUUAUAACUCUAAUUUCUCUCUCUCUCUCUCUCUAUAUAUAUAUAAGUUCUUCUUUCCACAAAGUUUAUAGUUCCAAGAGAAAUAUAUGCAUGUUCCUUUCCCUCUCAGCGUUAAGGCCGGAAAAUUCCGUACAGAAGGUUGCCUUCCACAUUCAUUAUACAUGAAAAUUUCUGCUAGCUUUUAAUGUAUCUGAUUUCAGUUUGGAUGUAUAUUGGAAGAAAAGGAAUCAAGGUACAAAAUGAAAGAGUCAUUUAAAAUCAAGAAAAUAUCACUUAUUCAUGACAUUUUGAGGAACUUAAAAAUCUCAGGGCUAAACCCGUAACGCUCAGAGGGUUUUAAAUAACGCAACAGAACGCACUGGUAAAAUAAAGUAUGCUAUAUGCUAAUAAUAAUAGUCCACUUACAAGAAUGUGUGCAUCUGAACUAUAAAUGAUAUCAAGAUAACUCAGAUCUGCAUUUCGGCUCCUUACCAAUCUUCCAAGAAGGUUUUGUGUAAAUGUUGGAUCUAAAAUCUAUAAAUAACUUAAGAUUUGUAAACAUCAACAGAUAUUUCGUGCCAUCGUGAACAAUUUCUGUAUCGGCUUUUAGGGCAUAACUUAUGGCAUAAAACAAAGUAGUAAAUUCAUUUAGUUGAAUUCACCUAUUGUAAAAUCCUAUACUUAUUUAUGUUAAUUCACAAUAAAAAUAUUUUGUUUAC